GUCUGGUCUGCACGCGCUUAGCGCUCAGUCAGCGUCGCUCAGAGAAGCUCUGUGGUUGCUGGGGUUCGCACACACCAUAUGCCUCGCUCGCACGCAUUCAAACAGGAUGUAACGACUGAAACAGACCUCGGGAGGAAGACAAAAGAAAGAGAGCAACGGGCAGGCUAAAGUUUACGAUGUGACAAGCAGCAAUCAGAGAGAAAUGACCGCUUCAGCAGCAGCCGCGGAGGAGAGGAACAAGACGGCAGGAGUCCGGAUGAGGCACCACACCACCGGCACGUCCUGACGGCUGCUCCCGCUGCCCAGAGACACCCAAACCGCCGCUGCAGCGAACGGUUUCAGCACUGGAAACAGAUCAUAGAACCGAAACAACCUUGAGGUCGACCAUGGCGAGCCAGGGAGACUGCUGUGUGAAGGUUGCUUUGAGGAUCCGUCCUCAAAUGGCUAAGGAGAAGAUAGAGGGCUGUCAUGUGUGCACGCUGGUCACACCUGGGGAACCGCAGGUGCUCCUGGGAAAGGACAAGGCCUUCACUUACGACUUUGUGUUCGAUAUCGACUCAGAGCAGCCGCACAUUUACCAGACCUGUGUGCACAAGCUCAUUGAGGGCUGCUUCGAGGGCUACAACGCCACCGUGUUUGCCUAUGGACAGACGGGCUCGGGGAAGACCUACACCAUGGGAACUGGUUUUGAUGUGAGCCUGGGCGUGCAGGAGCAAGGCAUCAUCCCACGGGCUGUUCACCAGCUGUUUGAGGGGAUCCAGACUAGGAGGAUCCAUGCUCAGGAUACUGGCAUCCCAGCACCUGAGUUUAAAGUCAGCGCCCAAUUCCUGGAGUUGUACAAUGAGGAGAUCCUGGACUUGUUUGAUGGAGCCAGAGACCCCGAGAGUCGCAGCAGGAAGUCCAACAUUAAAAUCCACGAAGACGCCAGCGGCAGCAUCUACACCACGGGAGUCACUUCUAGACUGGUGCACUCAGAGGAGGAGCUGCUGCAGUGUCUGAAGCUCGGCGCUCUGUCCCGAACCACAGCCAGCACUCAGAUGAAUGCCCAAAGCUCCCGCUCGCACGCCAUCUUCACCAUCUAUCUCUGUCAAAUGAGAGUCUGUCAGCAGCCACAAAUGAACGGAGGAACGGAGAACGGGGAGGUGAACGGCGUGGACUCUGGUCCCAUCUCCCAGCCGGAAUAUGAGACGCUGAUGGCCAAGUUUCACUUUGUGGACCUGGCUGGUUCUGAGAGACUCAAACGCACCGGAGCCACUGGGGAGAGGGCCCGAGAGGGGAUCUCCAUCAACUGUGGACUGCUUGCUCUGGGAAAUGUGAUCAGCGCUUUGGGUGAUCAGAACAAGAAGGCAGGACACAUCCCAUACAGGGACUCCAAACUCACCCGACUGUUACAGGACUCACUGGGAGGCAACAGCCGCACAGUGAUGAUCGCCUGCGUCAGCCCGUCGGACCGGGACUUCAUGGAGACGCUGAACACACUGAAAUAUGCAAAUCGAGCCAGAAACAUCAAGAACAAGGUGAUGGUGAACCAAGACAAGACCAGCCAGCAGAUCAGCGCCCUGCGCGCUGAGAUAGCCCGUCUCCAGUUGGAGCUGAUGGAGUACAAGGCGGGGAAGCGUGUGGUGUGCGAGGACGGUUCAGAGGGCUUCAGCGACAUGUACCAGGAGAACGCCAUGCUGCAGAGGGACAACGACACGCUGCGCCUCAGAGUGAAGGCCAUGCAGGAGACCAUCGAUCACCUGAACGCCCGUGUGACUAACCUGCUGGCCAAUGAAAUCAGCACUUUACUCACCAAGUCAAGUGAAGGCAGCGAAGAGAUUGGAACCCUUAUACAGAACUACAUCAGAGAAGUAGAGGAGCUCAGAUCUAAACUCCUCCAGAGCGAAGCCAUGAACGAGUCUCUGCGGCGUCAAGUGACUCGCCUUUCCUCCCGUUCCUCGUUCCCGACCUCUACUCUAAGCCCUGCCCCUGGCCACCCCCCAGGCUCGUCCCCCAUUCCCAUGUCCAUGGAGGCCGAGAUGACGGACGUGCUACGCCGCGCCAAGCUGGACAUUGAGAGGCUAAAGAAGAAGGAGAGGAGACAGAGGAGAAUGAGUCCAGAAUUAGAGAAAGGUCUGAAGAAACGAGUGAAGCUGCACACUCAGGAGAACGGAGAGAGCAGGCGGAGUGGAGAAAACAGGCAGAAUGGAGAGGUCGAUUCGGAUGACAAUUACCCCGAGGACAUCAUGUCUCCACUGCAGGAGGAGAGUGGCUGUGAGGAGGAUGAGUGUGAGGAUGAAGAGGAGGGCAGAGAGGAGGAGGAUGACUUUGAGAGUGAUGAGAGUCUGGUGGAUUCAGACUCUGACUCUGAUGAGAAAGCCAACUUCCAGGCAGAUCUGGCGGACCUGACUUGUGAGAUUGAGAUCAAGCAGAAGCUGAUAGAUGAGCUGGAGAACAGCCAGCGACGGCUGCUCAUGUUGAAGCUGCAGUAUGAGGAGAAGCUCAUCCUGCUGCAAAAUAAGAUCAGAGACACGCAGCUGGAGAGGGACCGCGUGCUGCAGAACCUCAUGUCCAUGGAAAACUACACAGAGGAGAAGGCCAACAAGAUCCGGCAAGAGUACGAGAAGCGGCUAAAGGAAAUGAACCGGGACCUGCUGAAGCUACAGGCGGCCCAGAAGGAGCACGCUCGCCUCCUCAAGAACCAGGGCAGGUACGAACGAGAGCUGAAGAAACUCCAGGGCGAGGUCAACGAGAUGAAGAAGGCCAAGGUGGCACUGAUGAAGCAGAUGAAGGAGGAGCAGCAGAGGAGAAGGAUGGUGGAGGCGAAGAGAAACCGGGAGAUCGCUCAGCUCAAGAAGGAGCAGCGACGACAAGAGUACCAAAUCCGAGCGCUGGAGUCUCAGAAGAGGCAGCAGGAGCUGGUGCUACGCAGGAAGACCCAGGAGGUGACUGCCCUGCGGCGUCUGACUAAACCCAUGUCGGAUCGUGUGGCCGGGCGAGUGGCCCGUUGGAACCAGACCCCGCCGGUGACGGACUCCGGAGCUGAUUUAUCAGCCAGCACCACAGCAAGCAGCUCUGAAGCUGAAGGUGUGAGGUCCGUGAGCGGGUUGGUGCGGCAGUGGAACAACAAGAGUAGUGCGUACGGGUACCUGGGAGAGAGCGAUGGCAGCAUGGAUGGAACACGGGUCAUCAGCAGCAGGAGGAAGUUGCAGAGGAAGCCUGCGGGCCUGGGCGGCCCUGCAGCUGCCGGCAGACCCACCAGCUUCUCCAAGUCCCGUCAAAAAUGGCAAACCCUGGAGCGUCGCGUUAUGGACAUCGCAAUGCAGAGAAUGACCAUCUCUAAUGUGGAAGCUGACAUGGAUCGCCUUAUCAAGAAGAGAGAAGAGCUGACAGCGCAGCAGGAGGCACUUUCACACAAGAGGCAGGUACUGAUGGCAGAUGGGGAGGGGCCAGAAGCAGAGGACCGCCUCCUUCAGGAAAUAAAUGAGGACAUAGAGGUGCUGAAUGCAAAUAUUGACUACAUCAAUGACAGUCUGUCUGACUGCCAGGCCACCAUCGUGCAGAUAGAGGAGACCAAAGAUGAGCUGGACUCGGUGGACACCUCAGUUGUGAUCAGCUCUUGUUCUUUAGCUGAAGCUCGCCACUUGCUGGACCACUUCCUGAAGGCUUCUAUUGACAAGAGUGUGCAGGUGGCUCAGAAGGAGGCAAAGAUCAGACUGCUGGAGGGCCAGCUGAGGCAGACGGACGUCAUCGGCUCCUCUCACAAUCACAUGAUCCUCGACGCGCUGCGAGAAAAGGCCGAAUAUAACCCUGAACUCCAGGCUCUCAUACAUAACGUCCAGCAAGAAAAUGGUUAUGCCAGCACAGACGAGGAACCAUCAGAGUAUAGCCAGGCCUCCGACAGCAGUGUUUCUCAGAUGAAGGAAUCCAACAGUCAGGAUGAUUUCAAAGUAAAGACGGAGCCUCGAUUGUCGGGUCAGAUGAAGGCGGUGUCGGCGGAGUACCUUGGUCCCCUCCUGGACCCGUCAUCAGGCACCAAGCAGCAGCACAUCACCAAGUCUCUGGCCUCGCUGACAGACAUCCAGGAGGACGGUCUGAGUCUUAUUACAAGAAGUCUGGGACUCGGCCUGCCCUUGCGAGAUCCCUUUCUCAAGGAUCGUGCAUCUCGAACCAUCAGCCUGCCUGUCAGGGGGCACACCUUCCCGAGGCAGUCCCGUGGUUACGACACGUCCCCUUUAACAAGAAGAAAAUCAUACGACCGCACCUACAGGCCCACUGACGGUUACACUCCACCCUCCUCCCCUCCUCUGAGAACCAGAAACGACCGCAAUGUCUUCUCCAGGCUCACCAGCAACCAAACUCAAGGUUCUGCCCUGGACAAGUCAGAUGACAGCGACUCCUCGCUCUCCGAGGUGCUCAGGGGUGUGAUCAAUCCCAUCGGUGGUGUGAAGGGGGGUCGGACCGCACCUCUGCAGUGCAUCUCGGUUGCCGAAGGCCACUCGAAGCCAGUUCUGUGUGUGGAUGCUACUGAUGAGCUGCUGUUUACUGGAUCUAAAGAUCGUACCUGUAAGAUGUGGAAUCUGGUAACUGGUCAGGAGAUCGCCACCCUCAAAGGUCACCCAAACAACGUGGUGUCAGCCAAAUACUGCCCCUCCUCUGGUCUGGUCUUCUCAGUCUCCACCUCCUACAUCAAGGUGUGGGACAUCCGAGACUCAGCUAAAUGUAUCCGCACUCUCACGUCAUCAGGACAAGUGAUUUCGGGGGACGCAUGUGCUGGUACGACCACCCGUACGAUCACCUUUGCUCAGGGCGAAUGCCAGAUCAACCAGAUCUCUCUGAACCCGUCAGGAUCCGUGCUGUAUGCAGCAGCUGGAAACAUUGUUCGAAUGUUUGACCUAAACAGGAUGCAAGCAACAGGCAAGUUGUCAGGCCACAUUGGUCCUGUCAUGUGUCUGACAGUGGGACAGUCUCUACUGGGCAAAGAUCAAGUCAUCACUGGCUCCAAAGACCAUUAUGUCAAGGUGUUUGACGUUGCAGAGGGAACUCUGGGUAAUAUAGGUCCAGCUCAUAACUUCGAGCCUCCGCACUACGAUGGCAUUGAAUGCUUGGCCGUGCAGGGAGACGUGCUGUUCAGCGGCUCGAGAGACAACGGCAUCAAGAAAUGGGAGCUGGAUCAGCAGGAGCUCACGCAGCAAAUCCCGAACGCCCAUAAGGACUGGGUGUGCGCCCUGGCCUACGUGCCCGGUCGGCCCAUGCUGCUGAGCGCCUGUCGGGGAGGCAUGCUGAAGGUGUGGAAUGUUGAAAACUUCACACCCAUCGGCGAGGUCAGAGGUCACGACAGCCCUAUUAAUGCCAUAUGCACCAACUCCAGACAGAUCUUCACAGCGUCCAGUGACUGCAGGGUGAAACUGUGGAGCUAUGUGCCAGGUCUGACCCCAUGUCUUCCUCGUCGUGUCCUGGCCAUCAAGGGCCGAGCCAUCAGCCUCCCAUGACUGCCUGUCCUGUGCUCACCACCCCUUCUUUCCUCUGUGACAAGACGGUGAAGAUCUGGCUGUCGAAGGUGUGGAGGAAGAGGUGAGGACCAAAGAUGGUUGCAGUAGAAUCUGCAGCCAUCUUUGCAGCAGCUGAUCUGCAGCCUGCUCUCCUCAGAGCAACAAGCUGGGAGAAUAAAGUCACAGUUUCCGAGGCAAUCAAGGUGUGGAUUAUGUAGUCCCCCCCCCAAAAAAAAGCCUUUCUGAUUCUGUUUACUGCCAAUUUUAAAAGUGCCAAUCUUGUGUGGUGCUACUUGAGGAAGAUGAACCACAUCAGCCUGGUGGUUCGAACUCCAGGCAAAACAAAACUCUGGUCUACAACCUGAUUUUUAAACAAGUGUCCUUCUGUUCCUUCGCUUUGGUUCCAGACAGAUGCAAACCUGCUCGGGUAUCGGUUGGACUUGUGUUCUGAUACUGAGCUCACUGGAGAAUCAUGUUAACCGUUCACGGAUCAGUAGACUUGACCUAAACAUCACAUUUUGGCUCUCAAAAUUUAUGUCUGAAACUUUGUUUUACUCCACAAAUCAUGCUUUUGUUAUUGUUGACACAUGGUCUUGUUUAUUGUUUCCCUACCUCAGUUGUUUCCAAGGUGGGAGGGAACAUUUUCACGGGUCUUCGUGUGAAAAUACUUGGUGCUUUCUGUUACGACGUCUUUAUCGAAUGCAGAAUUGUGGAUGUGUCCUCCGUGGCCCUUAUUUAUUCUGGGCUAUGCAAACCGCGGCUAAAAUAAGAAGAAAACAAGCUGAUCACACGAACACACUCACUCGAGGUGAGGUGUGUGUUCUACCAAGGCCAAAGUGUCAGACUCAUCACUUCACACCUGUUACUGUCAUCUCCCACUGAAGCAAACACCAGGAUCUCUAACCAGUUCCCCUCUCCUCUCUGAUCUUUGAGGUGAAGUGUCAGAUGGACCAGCCUUACUAAAGAGCCCACCUCCUUUCCAGCUGCUGUACCUCUCUUCAAAUCCACUUUAAUUAGAGCUCAGUGCUGCUAGCUGCUUUUCAGUUUGGAUUACUUGUGUGAAAGUAGGUCAUCACUGAAAGGGAUCCUUAUUUAUUUCUUCCUUUCUCUUUUUUAAAUCCCUGUUUUCUUCCACCCACUAUUUAGCUGCUACACUCACAAGUGGGCACAAACUUGCCUUUGCUGUGCAGCGAUGUACAAAACGGUUUAUGUUACACAUUAUAAGUGUACAGGGCAAUGCAUGAUGUGUAGACACACACACACAGAAAAUCCAUCCAGUCUGACAGUUUCUGGCGCCUUGAUUUAGUCCUCUUAAUGAAACAAAUUCAGCUGAAGCACGCACACACACACACACACACACACACACACACACACACACACACACACACACACACACACACACACACACACACACACACACUAGGGGUUGUAUGAACUAGUCGACUUCACUGCUCUGUAGUGACUUUUUAUGCCUGUCAUCGACUAGUCGCUGUCUCGUGAUAAUGACCGACAAGAUGCAGUCUUUGGAAAAGACAGCAGGUGAUGAGCCCCUGCGUGUCGGGAGGCGGAGGCGACGGGCUGUGCCAGAGCGUCGGUACUGACACCCGCGGUAAAACGGACAUUUAACCAAACUGUGACCUUUUCCCUCUUGCAAUUUCACCUUCCCCUCACCCCCAUCCUAACCUUAACCAGCUUGCGCAUGCAAAGCUCUGAUCGUUGACGCGCUCCAGACAUCUGCAUCCUGAGCACGGCCACAGUAACAUUAUCAAAUUAGGUGUCACCACUUCAAAAAACAAAGUUAAUACGCGAUUGUUCAUGUCGGCUCAUUUCCUUUAAUGUUUUCUGUCUUUUAUUUGUGCCUGAUGCUUUUCGCUGCUGCGGAGCGAAGCGCAUCACCUAUUUUGUCCUCCAGUGACUCACCUCACCGGUGCGGCCGGCGAGCAGCGAGCACUCCGCUGUUUUUGCGGUCGGUAGAUCUUUUAGAACUGCAGCUCAAAGGUAACUCAUAAGGUGAAUAUAUAUGAAGCCAGGUAGCAGUUUUUCUUUAGGAUUGAGAGGAGAUGCAGGAAGAUAAUAAACAGACAGGACAGAAAAAUAGUCAAAUAAAAACAAGUUAGUUUUUGUACCUGGUGGUUGCAACAAACAGACACCAUUGAAGGUAAUCAGAAGUGAGGAACAGAAAAUGAAAUAAUUAUUUUAAUGUUUAGAGCAGCAGGAACUCUGAGAGGCUGCAGGCGCAUCAGUGAGUUUGCGGCUGCUGCGCAGGGGGAGGGGGGGAGAUGGCUGAAGCAGAAACUAGCAUUGCUAAAAGAGAUGUGUUUAACUUUGAAAAUGUGGGCGCAAUUUUAAUUGUCAAAAACUC